AUGUCUUUAAAAGGAAUCGUUGAAGUGGCAAUUCAUGUGGAAAGUUUCCGGAACAUAGAUUUAUUCCAUCAAGGGCUUUAUUUCCUCAAGUUCUCAGUCUAUACAGCAACUCCAGCUAGCGUUACCCCAGCUCAUCCUUAUAAUGUGAUUAGCACUUAUGUUGUAAGGAGCAAAAGGACACAGAAGCACGACCCUCACCAUGUAAUGCCAGCUGGUAAAGAUGAGUCUACCAAAAUCUACUAUACCAGAGCCUUUUUGAUCAGAUAUUGUGAAGAAGAAGUCGAACUGAACGACAUUGGCUAUUUUAGAACUGAAAUUGGCAAGAGAGAGGAUAAUAAUAAAAUGGCUUUGGAUGGAAAGGUAUUCGCUCCUCGAAUUCCUUUAGACUCAUCCAACUUUUUAUAUGAUAGGUUAGGCUUUUGAACGAGGAUUCUACACAAGAGGAGAAAAUGGUCAUGAAUUUUAUACUUCUUCCAUUUACCCUUAGUCCGAGCACACACUGGGGAAAAAACGAAUAGAAUGAGGCAACUCUCCAGUUCGCUAUUAUUUCAAGAACUUCUAGAUUUCAAAGCCUUCAUGGAACUAGAAGAAGCAGCUCGGACUUCUAGGCCAUACAUAAAUUUGAGAUAAGCGACAAGAUAGAUGGAGAAAAUAAUGUCUCGUAACCUAUGCAGCUAGAGUUAGUUAAAUUAAUUCAUUGAUUGAAUUGACGAAGAACUAAAUAUUUUGAAAAAAGAAAUCUUUAUUGAUGUUGAACUAAUGUUCAGCGACCUUGGAGGAGAAGUCACUCCUGAGAAAGCUUAUGAAAUGGUUGAGGAGCAUCAGCUGGAAUUCAAAAGUGUCGCAAAAUCGAAAUUGACCUUAAGCGCGGGAGCAUCAGGAAUGCACGAAUUCUAUCCACUUGUGUUCAGUGAAAAUUAUUUUUCGAUAGCCAACCUUAUGGUGCAUACUUCCUUGCUUGAUUUUAGGUACCGCGUGCUACCACAAAUAUCGUCACCGAAAAAUUCAAAGCAAAAACUUGGAUACACUAGUUUUGCAGAGUAUCUAUUUAAGGAUAGCAAGGGAAAGCCAAAAUCCUAUGUAGGUGCUGUGAAUGUCUUUCAUUGGGAUAUUAUCCCUUGCAACCAUUUUCUUGGUACUAUUUGAUCGAAAAAUUUAUCUCUCAGCUAUUUGGUCAAAAAAUAAAUUUUUUUUACGAGCAAAUAUGUCUGACAAGGAAAAAGUUUUAACAAAAUGGUGCCCUGGAAAAAUCACGGCCCACUGUAGGUGCUGAGGAAACUGACAAGAUUUAUCACAAAUAUAUUGAAAUGAUGGCGAAUUCCUAUGAAAAAUUAAGAAACUGCUUUUUAUUAUUUACAGGAAAAUGCUUGAAUCAAAGGGAAAAAGAGUCACUUGGACCGAUCUGCUUGCCACCUCAUUUAACACUUCCAGGCAGUCAAGUGCAAGUCUCAUAUCCCCUGAAUCGUAAAAACUUUAUAGACUCCAUGAAUGAGUCAUCCGCAGCGCUAGAUUAUAUUGAUGAAAACAAAGAAGACAGACCAGAAAUUUCUUUAAGUAGUAUUUCAGGCCUUGAAGAAGAAAGGCAGGGAUCAGGCUCAAGGUUUAGUGAAAGAGUAGCAUCACAUGAUCCAACAAAAAUUGCAGGGAUGCUGCUGACUGAUAUCAAUCUUAUGGCAGGGCAACUUCUUCAGCUAUGGCACAGACUUCUUGAUUUACUCCACUGAUCUGUGAUCAGUAAAAUCCAUUUGAUCGCUGCUAAGGGAGAUAAAUUUAUAUAGUAAAUUUGUCUUUCAAAAUUAAAAAAAUCCUUCUAAAAUUAGGAAGUAUAUAAUUUAAUUGUAAAAUUAUUUUAAGAAUGAAAUUAAAUAAAAUCAGCGAGUGAUUUUAUUAUAAUAAUUAUCCUUAAAAGGCAAAAUAAUUUUUAUAAAAAACUUUUGUUCACUCAUGGAGGUUGGUUUUUUCUUAAAAAAUAGAGAUUUUUCCUAUUGUUUAAAUUGCUAAUGGAGAGAGUUAGUAAAACUAGCUCCAAGACCACUUUCGACUCUCCUUCAAGAAAAUUUCAGCGAAAAAUUUAAAGAAAGAUGAAGUGAAAGCAUUAUUAGAAAUGUUAUAAAGACUAAAGAUUUUAAUUUAUCCUCACUCCCCCAAUAAUAAGCAAAUUCUUGCUUAUUUGUGGCGGUUUUAGCAUAAAAUUUUCAAAUAGUAUAUUUCAUAUGAAUACAUUAUUCUAGGAUGGAAAAUGCAUUUUUUGAAAUUUUAUCUGAAAACCCCAAUGAUCUAUUCAUAUAAAAAAUGCAAUUUAAAAAUUUUGUAUAAGGAAGAUUUUGCUAUUAUUGGAGGGGAGUUAGAUGAAAAUAUAGGGGUCACACAUGACAUAGUUGCUCAGCAGCGUAGACAAGAUAGAGUCUAUCGAACUCCAGAGCCUAUGCCAAUAGAAGAAGAAGGCAUGCUUCCAAGCCCAGAAAUCCACCCAAUCUUAUUUGAAGAUAUCUGUAUAAGAGAAAUUAAUAGCGCCAUUAAUUCAAUGCAUCCAUUAUCACAAAGUACUGGCGACAGUUUUGAAAACUUCGAUAGCGAAAUUUCUUUUAAGCAAAAUACGCUAUAUAGAGGAGUACACUUAAUUGUAUUAGUCCAUGGGUUUCAAGGAAACCAUUUUGAUAUGCGAUUAAUGAAAAAUAAUAUUGCCACUGUUCACCCAGAAGCUUUAUUUUUGUGCUCCAAUUCUAAUGAAGACUCAACUGAAGGGGAUAUAGGAGAAAUGGGAGUUAGGCUAGCUCAGGAGGUCAUGAAUUUUAUAUCUGAGUGGUGUCCUAAUAAAUCUCUGGGCAGACUUUCUUUUAUAGGCCAUUCUUUAGGAGGACUUAUAAUUAGGUCAGCACUGCCAUACUUAGAGCAAUACUCAUCACGAAUGCACCUGUAUAUGUCUUUUUCAAGUCCCCACCUAGGCUACAUGUACAAUUCAUCAAGGAUCAUUGAUGCUGGCAUGUGGCUUCUUAAAAAGUGAAGGAAAUCAAGGUGUCUACAGCAGCUUACUAUGGGCGACAACAGAAACAUGAGACAAACUUUCAUGUAUGAGCUAUCCACCAAAAAGGGUCUAGGCUGGUUCAAACAAGUCGCAUUAGUCAGUAGCUUCCAAGACCAAUAUGUCCCAUAUGACUCAGCAAGAAUGGAAGUUUCUCAGCGUGCUGCAAAUGACCCAGAUAAAGGCGAAAUCUACAUGGAAAUGGCAAGCAACCUCCUUUCUCUUAUGAGUGUUGAUACUCUUUACCGCCUUGACAUAAAUUUCAAAAUCGCCGAGAAAUCUUUGGACUCGUUUAUAGGUAGAGCUGCCCACAUCCAGUUCUUAGAAAACCAAACCUUGAUGAAGAUGAUUAUAUAUAGAUAUCCUGAACUAUUAUCUUAA